GAGGCACAACAACUGCUACUUUAAAAAGAACAAAUAAAACUCAUGUACCGAGCGCUUGCGUAAAUUGUAAAAGAGCUCAUCUUGCUUGUGAUGUUGCAAGACCAUGUAAAAGAUGUGUAGCAUUAGGCAAGGUUGAUUCUUGCAUUGACAUACAACACAAGAAACGUGGUCGUCCAAAAUUAAAAGAUAAAAAACCUCAUCCAUAUAGCACUCAUCCAACUGCUGAUGCAAGGUCUUGGACUGCUGCUUCAUCCUCAUCCACUUCCUCCACUUCCAAUUCCACUUCCGCAACAUCUACUGCUGCUUACAAUGCCUCUGGUUCUACAUCUAUCACUUCUUCUUACAAUUCAAGUUCCAGUUCCACUACUUACAAUAACGACUACAACUACUACAACAGUAAUAGUGCUAACCCCACUUCUAAUUCAAAUUUACAAUAUUAUCCAUCAUCUACAACAUCGGCAAUUAAUUCAUCGCCAUUUACUGCUAAUAAAUUUGAACCACGUCAUAUAAUACAGCAACAUUCUCAAGAUCACAUUGCAAUUUCAUGCGCAAAAGUUUCAGAGGAUUCUUUGGCAACUUUGGAAUUUGUUAAAAGCGAUGAUGUAUUCUUCUCUCAAGCUAAAGAUCUUCAUUGUCCUGCUCUCGGUGACACUAUAAUAGAGGUUGCCGACAUGAUUCAUUUGAAACAAAGAAAUUGCCAACAUGAUCUUUAUAAUGUCAGGAUGUAUCUUGGCGGUGGUUUGGGUGCUGAUGACAGGCUUCCGCCAUUUACAUCAUCACCAAAUGGAAUGAAUAUGAAAUUCCUAUUAAAUUGA